GUCAAACACCACAAUCACUCCUUUCAAGGCUUUCUGAUGCAUCUACCAUUGUCUGCCUCUUGUCCUUUGUUUCACACUUCGACCUGAUUUGGUCUAUCGACCCCAGCCCUUUGUUUCAUACUUCAACCCCACAGGCUGAUAUUGCCGUCCAUCAUACCUCUCAUAGUCAUAUUUAGAUGUCGCCCUGAAAAGUUUCUGGCUAAAACAUCUUCGAGUUUUCAAUUCAAGCCACACUAGUUGAACUUAUCUGGAAGUUCCUCCUUCAGUGGCAUUCCGCUCUUCAAGGCCCCUUAUCAACAGCAGAGCCUCGUCCGCGUUACGAUGUACGCUUCCACCAAGGAAGGGGAUGCCAAAGCCCCAUUACUACCCUCGACACCUUCAUUAUCGAAGCCUCGUGAUUUGAGACUCAUAAAGCGAAUGAUACUCAUCUUCAGCCUAGCUGGUUUCCUGGUCAUCCUCGUGAUAUUAUACCUAGCGAUCUUUCUGUUCACUCAUUCUCCAAAGUCCUACCCCCCGGCUGAAGAUCUCGAAACCUGCGCCUGGUCUACCCUUCGAAACCACGUCCCACUCCUCGAUGUCCCGCCUAUCAGCAGGUCUGAAUUUCUCUCGCGUCAAGCUACUCUAGCAUCCGCGCUCAGGGAAGAGGGCAUCGACGCCUAUAUCACGGAACCUUCCCCUUCUUCCAUGUACUACUUUAACAUCUCCAACACGUAUGAGUUGUCCGAACGGCCCUUCCUAGCAAUUCUCUCCUCCAAUGGCUCAUUCUCCUAUCUGGCACCAAAAUUCGAGCUAGGUCGGAUUUCCGGUCUCGACAUGGUGUACGAAGAGAAGAAUGUCAUCGAGUGGAAAGAAGAAGAAUCUCCCUACAACGUCCUGAGACGGGCCUUCGGCAGCGAGAGCCCAAAGGUGGUGGUAGAUGAGCAAGCCCGCUUCUUCAUCGCCUCUGGCCUCCAAUCCGCAAACUUCACCGUCUCUCCCGUCUCCCACAGCAUCGCCUCCAUCCGCGCCGUGAAGUCCUCUGCGGAGCUCCAGAUCCUCCGAGGCAUCAACGAGUUCACCGUCGAGGUCGUCCGCUCCCUGCAGCCCUGCAUCCGGAUCGGCGUGUCCCAGGAGACCCUGUUCUCCACCGCCUCGGCGCUCUUCUCGCGCGCCGGCGCCGGCUCCGGCUUCUGGGCCAUCGUCCUCUUCGGCGAACAGGCCGCGAACCCCCACGGCGGAUCCAAAGGCAAGACCCUCGGCGCUGGCGAGUUCGCCCUGAUCGACAUUGGCAGCACGCUGCACGGGUAUGGUAGCGAUGUGACCCGCACCAUCCUCCCCAGGGGCGGGAACGUCUCGCGCGAGCUGAUGGACGUCUGGGACCUGGUGCAUGCCUCGCAGUCCACAGCUAUAGGGCUCAUGCGGCCUGGCGCCCCGUGCUCGACGGUCGAUGAGGCAAGUCGAAACGUAAUCGCCAAAGGCUCCUACGGACCCUACUUCACGCACCGGCUCGGACACGGCCUCGGUCUCGAGAUGCACGAGCAUCCUUACCUCAACGGUGCCAACGACGAGCUCUUGAAGUUCGCCGAGGUGGUCACUAAUGAACCUGGCAUCUACGUGACGGAUGAACAAGCGAAGAGUAUGGGGAAGAGCAAGGGCUUCGGCGUGCGCAUCGAGGACCCCGUGAUGGUGACUGACGCCGGGGGCGUGGUGCUGACAGGACGUCGGGCGUUGAGCCCCUGGGCGCCUUGAUAUCUGCAUCUCGCUCAUAUUCAUGUUCUCUAGGUAGUUAUCUUAGGCACAGGACAUCAACCACGUUGAAAUGUUAUAGAGUGAUCU